AUGUCACCUUCUGGGGGAAGGAUCAUUGAAACAGCCUUGGAUAAGCCUAUUGAAAAGGUACCUGAUGCCUCUCAGGUCAGUGAUGAAGAAAAGUUAAUUAAUGAAACACCUAAAGAGGAAAAACAGCCAGCUAAAACUGAAGAAGAAUCUCCUUCACCUAAUGUCGAUUCUGUCUGUGAAAGGGACAUUGGCUCAAAAACACUUCCCCGAGGUUACCCGAUUGCUGGACCUGCUAAAAGGGGAGUGCGCACACCCCGUGCUCAAUCAGAUCCAACAUGUUCUACUAAAGUCGAAAAGAAGACUGUAUCUGCAUCAACUCAAGAUAAUUUAGAUGAAAUAGUUAGAGAAGAGAAACCAGCAGUUGUCGGACGAUCGCAGAGUGAUCGUACUGAAACAAGGGUGAGAGUCGAAGAACCUAGGGUUAGUGAUGCAUCUUCGCAAACAACCCCGACACCCUCCCCUCCUCCGACACCACCAAGAAGGCACCUUCAGGAGGAGAUUGAAUGUGACCAGCUCUCUCGGGAUCUUGCUAGUCAACUCUCACCAUCUCAUAAACUGCAUGGCAUUUUAGUUCCUGGUCCGGACGUUAAGCGUUCGACUGAUUAUGUAUCUGGGUUGUUCCGGAUGGAUUUCGCACCCAGAUCUAGAUCUUCCUUAGCAACCUCGCAAACUACUACUAGUAUUACCACUAAUACCACAUCAGCAACUAACACAACACCUGUUAGCCAGAAUAAUGCAACACAACAAACAUCAACCAUCAAGUUAGGGAAAGAGAGUGAAAGUCCUUCUCCCAACAACACGUACUUUACAACUCCAGAAUGUAAAGCUCGUUUGUUGUCAACCACAAAUAUCACGCAAAUAGAUAACACUGCACCCUCAUCCAUAGGAAGCCUUCAGCAGAAAAAGGAGGAAUUAAUGAUGAGACUUUCUCGGAAAUUGUUAGUUUUAAAAGCUGAAUCUGUUGCUGUAACAGAAGAAACAGCUGUAAAUGAGGCCUUGGGCAAUGCUGUGUGCGAGAGAGUAGAAAGGGUUGCAAGACCACACGAAGUUUCUAGAUUUAAGCUACACGUCAAGGAAGUCGGUCACAUCACAUCAUUACUUUUGUCCCUUUCUGGAAGAUUAGCCAGAGCUGAAAAUGGGUUACUUGUAUUACCACCAGAACAUCCAGACAGGAAAGCAUUAGAAGAAAAGCGAGAUAAAUUGUUAGCUCAGUUGAACGAAGCAAAGCAGUUGAAGAGUAAUAUCGACCAGCGAAGUGGAAGUGUCUCAUCAAUGCUGUAUAACUACCUUACUGGUGAAGAAUAUACGGAUUAUGAUCAUUUCAUCAAUAUGAAAUCAAAGUUACUUGUCGAUUCAAGGGAAAUUGCUGAAAAAAUUCAACUGGGUGAAGAGCAGCUGGCUGCUUUAAAGGAAACAUUGGAUCAAGUGAGAUAG